AUGAAUAAUUACAGACACAUAGAUGGAGAUAGUGGAUUGAUGACAUCAUAAUUUCAUUUUGGAGAUUCACCUAAGGCUAUUAUUGAUUACAGUCAAAGUGAAAGAAUUGAGACUUUAAUUUAGAAAAAUAUCAUGAGAUCAGAAAUUAAAAAACACCAAAGAGCUGAAUCUAAGGGUUUAAUAGAACAUUCAAAUAUGCAAUUAAAUGGCCAUUUACCAUAAAUAACCUUAAAUUGUUAAUCUCCAGCAGUAUUUGAUUAAAUAGCACUUGAGCUUAAAUAAUAGUAUUUGAAUUUGCAUAAAUAUUUUCAAGUAAUUACUCUUGUAUAUUGAGAGAAGCAAAUCAAAUGAUGUUUCUCCAAACUAAGAUUGAUUCAUUAUGCUAAAAAAUUAUAAAAAAUGCCUGUACUUCAACUUAUAUAGCAAGUUAGAGCAACAAUAGUCUUAUUUUAGUAAAAUAUUCAAAAUAAAAGCUUAAAAUUGAUGCUUUAUCUGGAGUAAACUUAUUAAUUAAAAAGUUAGAAUUAUAAAUAAAAUGAAGAUGUAUUAUUAUCAGUUUGUACUGUGGUUAAAAGAUAUAAUUAAAUUAAUAAGGAUUUUGAACCUAUAGAUGAUUUGAGCCAUAUCAAUCCUUUUGCUAUUACAGCUAUUUCAAUGAAUAGAAUAUAUGAUUAUUUGGAUGAUAAUUAAGAGUUUAAAUAAAAGUUGGAUUCUAUUUUAAAAGAUAUUGAUUCAAUAACCAAACCAAAAAAAUAAUAAUUAUAGAAAUACAUGUAAGAGAGUUCUUAAUUGGUUCUUGAUACAUUUUAAUAGUUUAAAUAAAAAAAGGUGAAAUAUGAUUAACAAUAUUAUUUAAUGGCAAUAGAGAAAGUUGUUUUUGAAUCAGUUUAUGAUAAGCUAUUUCAUUUUUAUAUUGAUUUUAAUGAAAAGAAUGAAAAUCAAUUUAACAUCAAAAAGUAUUGAU